AUGUCUAGCAACUUCGAAAGCUUUUUUCAAAUCCAUGACCAGCGUUUUGCAGCAAUUGUCGGCCCAUCCCCAACGAUAGAGCUUCUUGCAGAAAAUAAAGACUAUCCCUUUGCUCACGAAGCUGGAGUAUUCUUUCCCGAGACCAAUUCCCUAUACAUUACGAGCAAUAGAUUUACUAGCCAUGAAAACCAAAAAAAGAUUUAUAUCACCCGAGUGAAUCUCGAUCAAAAGCCAGUUACCUGUGAGGAAAUUUCCACUGAUGUUCCCAUGGGCAAUGGAGGGAUCAACUACGGCCGGGACCACGUCCUCUUCUGCGGCCAAGGAACCAUGACUGAACCAAGUGGAUUAUAUCGUAUGUCUACAGCUUCGCACAAAUCUGAACUUUUGAAGGGUGACUUCUUCGGCCGACCGUUCAAUUCUGUAAAUGAUGUGGUGGUACACACAGACGGGUCAAUCUGGUUCACUGAUCCCAUUUAUGGGUAUGAGCAGGGAUAUCGGCCUCAGCCCUGCCUACCAAAUCAAGUUUACCGGUGGUGUCCAAGUACCGGAAACAUACGAGCUGUGGCUGAUGGAUUUGGGAGACCGAAUGGGAUAUGUUUCUCGCCCGAUGAGAAAACUGUUUAUAUUACCGAUACGGAUCGAGUUCAUGGCGAUGGAAGUGUCGUCGAUGGGCGAGUUUCUUCCAUGUAA